UCUAUGUGUGUACUUCUUGUAUGUAUACACUAUUCUACAUUAGGAAAAAAAGUGCAGUUAAACUCGGUCUCGCGGUACUUUUUACCUCAGGUUGAACAAGGGGGUAGGUACGCUAGCUACCAAGUGGUUUUGUCUAUGACAAAAGUAUAUCACAUGAACAUUAGCUACCUAUAAACACUUAUUUUAACAAUAUAUAAAUAAUUUAGAAAUAAUUGACAGUACUGUAAAGUUAGGCCGCUAGCUACUGUAAGUUAGCUAACGACAAACCAACGACGUUCACGAUGGCAGCUGGAAAGAUGUGUAGUAGGCCAAAAAAACAGGAGACAGCAGAGUGGACCAGUUUAUUUCAAAACGAACUGAAAACUGAAGAAAAGUCCCUGGUCUUUGUGAAGCGAAUGAUGGCCCUCGCCGUUUCUUCCAUCACAUAUCUCAGAGGAAUAUUCCCGGAGGACGCCUACAGAUCUCGAUAUCUAGAAGAUUUAUGCAUCAAAGUUUUACGAGAAGACUGCACAACACCUGGUGUCUGCAAAAUUGUAAAGUGGCUGAUGGGGUGCUUCGACGCAUUAGAGAGAGGAUAUCUUCAGGUUGUGUUCAUUGGGGUCUGCACCAAUCCAGAUAAUCCCAACUGCAUCAUCGAGUCAUACCAGUUCAAGUUCACAUACACAGACAAAGGACCACAGAUGGACAUUCUGAGAAACCAGAAUGUGGAGAUGCAGAUCACAAUGGAGGAUACCAAGAAGGCCUCUGUCCUCUUGAUCAGGAAGCUGUUUCUCCUCAUGCAGAACUUGGACGUGCUCCCCAAUGAUGUCUGCCUCACCAUGAAGCUCUACUACUUUGACGACAUCACCCCUGCUGACUAUGAGCCUCCAGGUUUCAAGGAGGGGGUGAACGACAACCUGUGGUUCGAGGGCAUGGCGGUGCACUUCAGAGUGGGUGAGGUGCACACCCCUUUCCACACCCUGAAGGUGAGGGUGGCGGCGGAGCAGGGCCGUGUGGAGAAGCUGCAAGAGGGGAACUACCUGAAGGAGAAUCAGGUCUCCACGGCUACGCAGAGCACUCUGCUAGGGCUGGCGCCAACCGGUGCACAGGAUCCAGACAAUGAGAGAUACAAAGAAGAUGACUUUCCCUCUGAAGAUGAGUCUACACAGUUCAAGAAACCCAAGAAACCUGUGGCAAAGAGUCAAGGUGCUGCCAGUAAACUGGCAAAGAAAAAAGGAAGAAAAGAGCAAUAAUUUUUUGGGGAUGAAGACAGCAGUGAAGGCCCUGCUUUUUCAGCUUCCUGUCAGACACAGUAAACAUGAAUGUGGAUCGAGGAUGUAACUUCCUCACUAGAUUACAAGGAUUUUACUCGCCAAGCAUGUUUACAUGAAUGUUUAAUUUCUAUGCCUGUUUGAACAUUUUCUAGGCCUGUUUGAACAUUUUCUAGGCAGACUAUUAAAACUCAAGUAGUAAAGCCAGCCUUACGAUAUUUUUUUUUGUAGUUCAUUGCCUAUACAACACAUAAUAUAUAGCUACAAUAUCUUAGACAUUUUUAAUAUAUUUUUCCAUUCAUAGGAAAAUCAAUUCCAUUUGUUUUAUGUAGCUGUAUAUUUUUUUAUACUUUGUUCUUUAACUUUUCUUUUUUAUGAAAUUAAUUAAAAACUUGUGACAUGCUGGUUCCAUAUAUGAUGCCUGAAAUAUAAAAUAUUGUAAGUAUGAUAUUUAUGGAAUUAAAGCAUUAAUUCAAAGCCCAUUUUUAAACUUGUCAUGCAUAUUAAUGAAGAAAUGAAAAAGGGUGAAAUGAAAAGACAUGCACACAACUUUGAAAUGGUAAACAUUGAUUUGGUGAUACAUACAAAGUACAAGUAAAAAUACAAUUGUACAAAGAAAUGGGGCAGCAGGUAGCCUAGCAGUUAAGAGGUUGGGACAGUAACCGAAAGGUUGCUGGGUCAAAUCCCAGAGCUGA